AUGAUGGGAGGUACUAUUGAAAAAUUAAAAACUAGUCAAGUAGUUGUGCCAAAAAUAAAUUUUUUAAGACUUCAUUACAUUUAUAUUCUUUCAGCAAUUCUUAUUAGUACAUUUUUAAUUUAUAUACCAAAAAACAUUAAGUUCGUUGAUGCACUUUUCCUUGGAUGUAGUGCAGCGACACAGGCAGGACUUGCUACUUUAGACAUUGAUACAUUGUCAACAUAUCAGCAAGUUAUUUUAUAUGUUGUUUCUAUUUUAACAACAUCUAUUUUUAUUCAUUCUCUUACGGCAGUUGUUCGUUUUUUCUUGAUAAGGAGUAAAUUUGAUAAUAUUGUUCAACAAGCACGUUCACAAUCUUUAAGAAGAAAUCAGAAUUUAUCUCAUCCUUUUUUAUCAUAUAGCGAAAUUGAAGAAAGAGGAGUUGGAGAUCGGGCAAUUCAUGUUUUAUUAAGAUGGGAAAGUGCAAAUGAAAAUGAGUUUCAUCCCACUCCUUUACGUAGGACGAGCAUAUCUUUUGGAAAUGCUAAUUCUCAACCCAAAUUACAAGACCAUGAGAGGAAAAAUGAAGUUCAUAGGUAUUUAGAAGGAAGUUCUUGUUUAAAUAAUACUUCAAACAGUAAUAAUUCGAUACAUAAAGAGGAUAAUACUGAUAUAAAACUUCAAAAAAGUGAAAGUAUUAUUCCUCGCGAAGAAAGACAGGUUUCUUCGGAUAUUCGGUUUGGUGAUCUUCCAGUUCCCGUUAGACAGUCAAUUGAUGUAACAAAGGAUAAUGAAUUGCAUAUUGUUCAGGAACCCUUCGAACAAGAAAAUGAAUUUAAUAAUAAAUUGCGAAAAUCUAAAAGUGUUGAACCUCAGUCAGUUUCAGCCACUAAUGAGCCAUUAACUCCUAUUACAAGACUUCCAACAUAUGAUAAUAAUUAUUAUUUACGUAUGAGGAAAUCUACUACUGCUGAUAGAAGUAUUUCUAAAGUUAGCACUUUUGAUCGUUAUAUUUCAAAUACUUUUUGGAAAAAGAGAGAUUCUAGUCCAUUGUCUCAAAGAACUAGUAAAUCAUUUCCUUAUUUAUCAUAUCAGCCUACAAUAGGACGGAAUUCUGCAUUUGUUACUCUAACAAAGGAACAGCGUGAUGAGUUAGGUGGUAUUGAAUAUAGAGCCUUAAAAUUAUUGUGUUGGAUACUUGUUUGUUAUUAUCUUAUAUUUCAUUCUUUUGCGGCAAUUCUUUUUUUAAUUUUUUCUAUUUAUGCAAAAUCAUAUCAUAAGGCUAUUAAUGAAGCAUCUGAAUCUUCAGUUUGGUGGGCAUUUUUUACUUCAGCAUCUCUUUUUAAUAAUUUUGGAAUGGCAUUAAAUCCAACAUCUUUAAUUGAAUAUAGGCAAUCUAAAUUUAUUUUGAUUUUUGGUUCAUUUUUAAUUGUAGCCGGGAACACUGCGUUUCCCAUUCUUUUAAGAUUUUUCAUUUGGUUAAUUACUUUUAUUCUCCCAAAAGAUUCUUUGCAUAAAGAGAGUUUACACUUUCUUCUUGAUCAUCCUAGACGAUGCUUUAUUCUUCUUUUUCCGUCUAAGGUUACAAUGUGGCUCUUUGCUUUGUUAGUAAUGCUUAGCAUUACAGAUGCUAUCCUUUUUAUGGUUCUCGAUUUCAAUAAUCCAUCAUUGGCAGAGAUCGGACCUAUAUAUCUUAAGAUUUUAAAUUCUUUAUUUCAGUCAUUUUCUACUCGCACUGCAGGAUUUACUGUUGUUAAUCUUUUAACUUUGCAUACUGCUGUUCUUGUUAGUUAUAUGUUUAUGAUGUAUAUUUCUGUUUUUCCUGUUGCGGUUAGUAUAAGAAAAACCAAUGUUUAUGAGGAAAGAUCUUUAGGAAUAUAUACUAUUGAUGAUGAUUCUGCUCAAAAUUCUUCGUUUGUUGGAACUCAUAUAAAACAUCAACUUUCUUUUGAUCUUUGGUAUAUAUUUCUAGGACUUUUUAUUAUAUGCAUUGUAGAAAAUACAAAUAUUAAGGACGAAUCUCUUCCUAAUUUUUCUGUUUUUUCCAUAUUAUUUGAAAUAAUUUCUGCUUAUUGCACAGUUGGUCUUAGCUUGGGACAUUCUGAUAUUGAUUCUUCAUUUUCAUCGAAAUUAUCUACUAUUAGUAAACUUGUUAUUAUUUCUCUUCAGAUUCGUGGUAGACAUAGAGGCCUUCCAUAUGCUUUAGAUCGUGCAGUUUUACUGCCCACAGAAAAAAUGGAAAGGGUUGAAGAAGAAGAUUAUCGGAGAAAAACAAGAGGCCCAAUAAUUAAUAAUGAAAAUCUAUAG